UAGCCAAUGGAAAUGCUGCUGGGUGAUAACAUCCACAUGCGGGUGACAGAGAGGAGCCAGAACACAGAGAGACGGACCUUAACUCCAGAACCACAGAGAGACGGACCUCAACACCAGAUCCACAGAGAGACGGACCUCAACACCAGAUCCACAGAGAGACGGACCUCAACACCAGAACCACAGAGAGACGUACCUUAACUCCAGGACCGCAGAGACACAGCGAGGCAGACACUCACUCCAGAACCACAAAGACAGACCUUGUCUCCAGAAAUACAGACAGACCCUAACUCCAGAACCACAGGUUGACAGACCCUAACUUCAGAACCACAGACAGGGGAGACAGACCCUAAGUCCAGAGCUACAGACAGGGGAGACAGACCAUAAGUCCAGAGCUACUGACAGGGGAGACAGACCCUAACUCCAGAGCUACAGACAGGCGAGACAGACACUAACUCCAGCACUUCAGGCUGACAGUGAGACAGAGAAAUUGCCCAUGGGCAUCAGUCUAGUACCUUCACUGGAACCCCAAACAUACCGGCACACAGAAGACAGUACAGAGCAGCGGAAGGACCAUCUGAAAGACAAGUCUCUGGACAGACCACGGGCGAGGCACACACACCAGUCAGACCAGCAGAGACAUCUCAGCGGAGACCAGCUCUAAUCGAGCUCUGCCCCCUCUGGAAUAAUCGCCUCUAACGGCGAGGUUGGCCCACGCGUCGACAACACAGAACCAGGCAGCAGGAUGUACAGACAGUUUGUGUUAUCGCUCCUGCUUGCAGGCGUCCUGUGUGCAGUGGGCGGUGACACUCGCAAGACCCGCCCCCAGGGCUCCAUCCCCUCCCCAUUCAAAGGGAAUGGCAACACCUCCGACCGACGCGCCCGCAAACAGGAAGUGCUGGCCUCCAGCCAGGAAGCUCUGGUCGUCACAGAGAGGAAGUACCUGAAGAGCGACUGGUGCAAAACCCAACCCCUCCGGCAGACGGUCAGCGAGGAGGGGUGCCUGAGCCGUACGGUCAUCAACCGGUUCUGCUACGGCCAGUGUAACUCCUUCUACAUCCCACGGCACGUUAAGAAAGAGCAAGAAUCAUUCCAGUCCUGUGCUUUCUGCCGGCCGCAGAGGUUCACCACGCUGACCGUGGAGCUGGACUGUCCUGACCUUCAGCCUCCCUUUCGGCACCGAAAGAUCCAAAGGGUCAAACAGUGUCGCUGUAUAUCGGUCUCCGUCAGUGACUCCGGCAGACAGUGACACUUGCCUCUGGCGUCAUCUUGAAUCACUGUUUAUCUUGUACAGUCCCAACAUACAGACAUUCCUUUUCGCCUUGUGAGAGGCUGAUUCAUGAGAGUAGAGUUACAGUAGGGUGACAACUCACAGAAUGACUUCAUCGGGGGCCUAGUUGAAACACGACGUAUGGCCCCCCUACAAACGGAGGAACGCCAAUAAGUGCGCGUGACUCGACACAGCCCGAGGACUGCCAUUUCAGCCAAUCUCAGACCCACCUCACCCGCCCUGUACCGAAUCCUAGCUGCUUAGAAAUCAACCACACAGCUGUAGCCUUAGAGAACACUACCUGCUCAUCACCAAGCUGUAGGCUGGGCUGUUCCACAGGAGACUGCUACAGGGUUGUUGAAUAGUCGCCAAAUUCUCAGCGACACGAGUAACAAAGGCAACUUCACUAACAAAAUGUACUGUGGGCCAGGGAACGUCCCAAAUGUCAGAAUGGGCCGACGCCACCCAUUUCAAAGUCUAUUCUUAUUGUCAUCAACGGCAAGCCAAGUUUUUCUUAUGCCUGUCUGUAGACCCAAGGUUUGAGGACAUUUCCUAAAAAUCAUCCCCUAUUUCUAUCCCCAGGUGAAACCAGAGGCUUUUUUUUUUUUUUUUAUAUGUUGAUACUUCUUGGUAAAUCUAGCUCUUUUGUUGCUCCAAACUAUAUUUAAUGUGUAAAAGGUGUUCAAUUCUCUUAUAGGGGCUCAAGUGACAGCUAGACAGUGGUGUCACUCUAUCUGGGCAUCAGUGAAUUCAAAUCCCUGAAGUAGUCAAAAAAGAUGUACUGCCCACAACAAAACCUAUGAACAAAUACCAACAACAUUUCACCUAAAUGCAUUUUUUGUGUGCAGGAAAGGGGUAAAUGAGUUAAGAGCUAUACUUCAUAUUGCCCACAAUUUACCAGGCGUUCCCUUGAAUAAUGUCCAGGCUUAGAUCUGAUUGUCUAAACAAGAGCAAGUCCUUAAAGGACGGCAGAUCUCCAGGAACCAAGAUAAAACCUACAGGACGGCAGACCUCCAAAAGUAGAGUUAAAACCUAUAGGAUGGCAGACCUCCAGUAAGAGGGUUGGGCAGUGCUGGCUUAUGUAAACACAAUCCUCUCAGAUCUUCACAAGUAUAUAUAGUAUAGGGGUGGAUUUUGGGACAGGGUCUGUAAAUCAGAUGAGGGGUUCAAGGGGACAUGCUCUUGUUUGGGUUCUGUACCCAUGGUGUCUGGGUCAAGCAUCAGAGCAGCUGCAUGCCCAAGGCUGUAUAUCACUGUCCAAAUAAAAAAAUAUUAACAGACUCACUGAGCAUCAUACAGGAUAUCUAUACCAUGGUACAUUACAAAAUAAAUGUAUAU